UAACUGUUGCUGGAGCUACAGGAAAUUUAGGAUUUCAUAUUGCAAAUGCAUUUUUAAAUGAAGGAUCUUAUAAUGUAAUAGCUCUUCGAAGAAAACCAGAAAAUAUUAAUGAAAAAGCUAAUUUAUUAGCAUCAAAAGGAGCAAAAAUUGUAUAUGCUGAUUUUAAUGAUAAAAGUGAUCUUGUUAAUGUUAUUAAAGGAACGGAUGUUUUUAUUAGUGCUGUAGGUUAUGGUGAUUAUUAUAAUAAUCAAAUAAUGCUUUUAGAUGCUUCUAAAGAAGCUGGUGUUAAAAGAUUUAUUCCAUCUGAAUUCGGUAGUGAAUUUGCUCAAGGGGUGGAACCUCAUCCAAUUCUUGCGGGAAAGUAUAAACUCCGAGAAGUAUUGGAAAAGAGUGGUCUUGAAUAUACUUAUAUUUUCAAUGGAGUAUUCUAUGAAUUCAUUGAAGUAUUUGGUUUUGAUGCUAAAAAUAAGAAAGCAACAUUCUAUACUGAUGGCAAUGCAAAAGUGCGCAUUAUUUCUUUAGCUGAUGCUGGAAGAUAUACUGCUGAAUCACUUAAAAUACCUGAGGCUCGCAAUGGCAUUAUUAGAGUUGGUUUCACUCUGACUCUUAAUGAGUUACUCCAAAAAUUUGAAGAGGCAUCUGGUUCUAAAUGGGAAGUAGUUGAAGAUAAAGAUGUGCAACGCCGAUUUAAAGAAAAGAUUGAUCCUGUCCCACCACUUAUAGAUGAUUUUAAAGCUUUCAUAUCUAAUAAUGCAGUAUACCAUGAUGCCGAUAAUGAUAAAUUCAAUUUUACUCCUCUUUCCAUUACUGAAUUUCUCAAUUCUAAUACUGUAUAA